AUGGCCACUGCCCAGUUGCAGAGGACUCCCAUGAGUGCACUGGUAUUUCCCAAUAAGAUAUCAACUGAACACCAGUCUUUGGUGUUAGUGAAGAGGCUUCUAGCAGUUUCAGUAUCCUGUAUCACGUAUUUGAGAGGAAUAUUCCCAGAAUGCGCUUAUGGAACAAGAUAUCUAGAUGAUCUUUGUGUCAAAAUACUGAGAGAAGAUAAAAAUUGCCCAGGAUCUACACAGUUAGUGAAAUGGAUGCUAGGAUGUUAUGAUGCUUUACAGAAAAAAUAUCUAAGGAUGGUUGUUCUAGCUGUAUACACAAACCCUGAAGAUCCUCAGACAAUUUCAGAAUGUUACCAAUUCAAAUUCAAAUACACCAAUAAUGGACCACUCAUGGACUUCAUAAGUAAAAACCAAAGCAAUGAAUCUAGCAUGUCAUCUACUGACACCAAGAAAGCAAGCAUUCUCCUCAUUCGCAAGAUUUAUAUCCUAAUGCAAAAUCUGGGGCCUUUACCUAAUGAUGUUUGUUUGACCAUGAAACUUUUUUACUACGAUGAAGUUACACCCCCAGAUUACCAGCCUCCCGGUUUUAAGGAUGGUGAUUGUGAAGGAGUUAUAUUUGAAGGGGAGCCUAUGUAUUUAAAUGUGGGAGAAGUCUCAACACCUUUUCACAUCUUCAAAGUAAAAGUGACCACUGAGAGAGAACGAAUGGAAAAUAUUGAUUCAACUAUACUAUCACCAAAACAAAUAAAAACACCAUUUCAAAAAAUCCUGAGGGACAAAGAUGUAGAAGAUGAACAGGAGCAUUAUACAAGUGAUGAUUUGGACAUUGAAACUAAAAUGGAAGAACAGGAAAAAAACCCUGCAUCUUCUGAACUUGGCGAACCAAGUUUAGUUUGUGAGGAAGAUGAAAUUAUGAGGUCUAAAGAAAGUCCAGAUCUUUCCAUUUCUCAUUCUCGGGUUGAGCAGUUAGUCAAUAAAACAUCUGAACUUGAUAUGUCUGAAAGCAAAACAAGAAGUGGAAAAGUCUUUCAGAAUAAAAUGGCAAAUGGAAAUCAACCAGUAAAAUCUUCCAAAGAAAAUCGGAAGAGAAGUCAACAAGAAUCUGGGAGAAUAGUCCUCCAUCACUUUGAUUCUUCUAGUCAAGAGUCAGUGCCAAAAAGGAGAAAGUUUAGUGAACCAAAGGAACAUAUAUAA